AUGCUUGACCCUACACAGUACACUAUCCGCAUAGCAUCUGCAGAACAGGCUGAAGAACAUGAAAAAGCAUGUUUCGAGAUGCCUUAUUGGAGGUGUGGGAUGAAUUGGGAUCAAUUUCUCGAAUUUGGACAUGGAGAAACUCAAGCUGAAUGGGUGAAAGAUGAUGCCAUGCUUACUUGGGUCCUAGUUAGAAAAGACGAUUAUGAUGGACCGGUAUAUUCGAUACUUGCAACUCAUCGAAAAAAAGCCUUGAUAAAGCCUAGAUUCGGGCUGGAAGUCAUCGAUGGAUAUUGGUAUAACAUAACAGCUGUGAUCACUCCAAUUGAACAUCGAGGACAUGGCUACGCUACCCAUCUCAUUCGUUUACUACAUUACAUCCUUCUAAACCCCUUAUCCCCGGGCGAUCCACCCUCUCCAAUCCCCUCCUUUCCAAUCGAAUGGGGAUCACCCCCUCCUCCCGUCCCUUCUUACCUCAAGGACGCGAUUCCCAGACCAUGUGCCAGCGUACUAUGGGCAGACAUACCUAUGAGCUUUUAUGAAAGUUGUACGAUAGGCCUGACUGGAAAAGGGUAUGAGUAUAGGAAAGAAUGGAAUAGCAGAUUGGUAUUUGACCUACAUCUCGAUAAUCGCACUAGGACGGUCGAAGGACAGGAUAUAUGGGAUUUGAUCCAUCAAGAGGAUUUAGAAGAGAUAAAAUCUAUCUUGACUGAAUCCACCAAAUCGAAUAUCAAUAAAUCGAAAACUUCAUCCAAAUCAUUAUGGACCCACGAUCCAUCUACGAAAGGAUCCCUGACAUUCAUUGGGACGAGAGGUUCAUUCAUUGUUCCGCCUACAGAAUGGAAAAAUAAUUCAAAACCACUUCCUCUAGGCGUGAGGUUGAGAUCACCCACAGAUGAAGAUGGAGAGGAUACAGCGAUAGUGAUGUUCGCCUUGGAGAAUUUCCUUGUUGAACCUCGACUAUUGCUUACCUACGUACACAAUCUACAACCGGACCAAGUGAGCUCUCUAUUGGAGGUAUUGGAAGAUGUAGUUAGAGAUACCAAUGCACCAUGGACACAAGGUGAAAUAUGGGGAUUCAACCUUUCGAAUCCCUCGGACUCAUGGGUCAAAGAGUUGGAAAACAUGGAAGAUAGGAAUGUCAAGAUUGAUAUUAGAGAUGGGUUAAGGAGUCAUGUUUUGGGGGUAUGUAAUUACCUGGAUGAGGGGGCGGAAAUGGUAGAUCAUCAGAUGUGGAGCUGGGUGUGA